UCGGUAGUUCUUUAUGGAAUCGGUAAAUAGUUUUAAAAACUCUUAUGGUUAAUUGUCCGGUAAUUUACCAGCUGUGAGUAGGUAAAAUAAGUAAAAAAUAUAUUUUACCGGUAAAACCGAAUCACUACUAACCAUGGGAUUAAAAUUUAAUUCGACCUAUUCACUACAAGAUGACUGCACUUUCCAUUUUAAAAACGCACAUUAUUUUAGCUAUGUUUGUUUGUAGUUACAAUUGAACGGGAUGGCAAGGAUAACUCUAAUAACUUUUAUGACAGUACCAUUCGCUGCUAAAUGACACACAACAGUGUCGGUCAAUGUUCUCGAGUUAACCCAUAGCUCUUGACUGGUUUUAUACUAUCAAAUGAAUAAGUAAAAGUUAAGAUUUAACCAAACGUAUACAGGUGUUUGUAUCUAAUUUUAUUGUCGGCGAAACAUGGAUUCGUUUGAAACGUUUAUGGAUAUUUUCGAACGGACUAUAAAAGAAAGAAACAGCAGUUAUCUUACAGAAACUUUAAAAAAUAGAACGUAUUUUCAACAUAUAUCGAAAACCGAUAGCGAAUUGGUGUUAUCUAUAUUGUUCAAUAAAGAGAAAGGUUUAUUAUGUUUUAUUAAUAAUGAACUGGGAAGAUCUAUACCUCAAAAAGGUUUUGAUAGAGCAAUUAAAGAGGCAUUCGAUCUUCUUGAAUUCAUCAUGUGUCAAUUUUCUGAUAUAUUUGAGCCCUAUAUUAUUGAUGCCAAGAACACAUGUCAGCAGGCACUUGUAACACGAUGCACAUCAUUUAUUCAAAAAGCUGCAUGUAGCGCCUUCAGUAAAUUGAUAGAAUUAUUUAAAGAAUAUGAAACUGAAUUAGAUGAAACCAUAACAAAAUUUGUGUCUUUGUUUCAUUUAAUGGAUAUUAAAGAGAGAAGUUUGUUAUUAUCUAUACUUGGAAAAAUCGCACAGCACAACCCAGAUAUUCCAGAAAUACAGGAAUAUUCUAAUAUGAUUUUUCAACAACUACACAAUGACUUUAAAAAGCAGUACAAUUCAUCUCAAUCAAAUGACAUAUUUCAAAUAUAUUUUGAUACUUAUUCAAAUAUAUUGGAUGUACUCUCAAGCGAAGAGAAAGAAAAGUACCAUGAAGAAUUAUAUAAAUGGAUCAAAGAUCUAAGUCGUCCUGAGAAGUAUAACAUUAAGAAGGUUACAUUGAGAUCAGCAGUUUAUUUAUUAUCUCAUCAUAUUGUUCUGUUUCGUGAUUUUGUUUAUCGCGAUCAUGAGUACUGGUAUGAACUAUUAACAAAACUUGUUAAAGAAAAAAAUGUAGACUGUAGCAAAUGUGGACAGCAUGCUUUGAUGAGCUUUUAUCAAUUAAUUGGAAAAACUUUAAUUGACAAAACUUCAGAGGAUGAUAGAGCAGUAUUUUUGUAUUUCAAAAAUAUUUUUGACAAGCAACUAAAUAAUAAUGAACAAACAAAUUCGGAAAUGUUACGUUUGAUUGUGUAUGGCUUUAGUCAAAUGGCUGCACCAUGUAAACGGUAUCUCACUAAUAAAGAUGUGACAGAUAUGUUCACUCUGAUUACUCAUUGUGCAAUGCCACUUUGUUUUAGAGAUGACUUACAACAAUCACACUUGGAAAGUAUUUGUAAUUAUCAAGAAGCUCUGUCUGAAAUAAUAUUGCACACAUCAGACCUAUCAAUCAACCAACUUAAUGUGAUCUUAAAGCUUAGCAUUCUUUUGGUUAAAAGGUUUCCUGACCUUCCUAUAAUUGGUCGAAAUCCUGCAAUUACAUCGUUAAUAAAUACCAUUAUUAAUGUCGGGAUAGUCAGUAGAAACCUUCUACAAGAAUUUCUUUAUAAUUUAAUUCAGGAAGGCAUAAUAUGGUCUUGUUCGCAUACUUUACUCGUUGAUGCGGAAUUACAACGAGGACUAAAUAAUCUUGAAGAUCUCCCGACGUGUUAUAAAAAUUAUCUACCUUUAUGGACACAACUUCUGAAACCAAACAUGUAUAAAGAACACAGAGAAGUUGCACAAGAAGUAGUUGAUGCAACGAUGCACGUAUGCAUCAUAUUAAUUAGUAAAUUAAAUUUGAAUACAAAAACGAAAGAAGAUAAUGUAUACUCGGAUGCAGCCUUUUCUCAAAUUGCUGAUAAUGAAGAAGAUUUUAGAAUCUUCGUUAACAUCGUAGAUUUAUACGUCGAUAUAAUCAAUAAAUUAGAGUCUUCAAUGUUAACAAACGUUAUACACAAAUUCUUGUUAAAAAUAGUCAGUAUGUCUUACAAACAUCCUUUAAUAUCAGGAUUUUAUAAGUUAGUACAUGCAACUUUUAAACAUAUUUCCACCUUUACAAAAGAUGAAAUCGAAACAGAUAUAGUCGAACUAUUAUAUAAGUACUUAAUCAAUGUGUUGAAUUUAGUUUCCUCAUUUUCUAAUGAAUUAUUAACUACGUGUUUGUUGUUAAUUUUGGAUACACCAAAAAUGUAUAUAGAGUACAUAUUUGACAGUACAAUUCCAGUAUUCAGAAUUGCUUUCAUUGUUGGUUUGAGCGACUUUGAAGUAGCUUGUACUGCUUUGAAUGCUUUAAAAUCAUGGACGAGCCAUUUGGACAAUCAACGUACAAAUAAAUUUCUAAGAGAAGUUGUACCAUUCCUAGUACCAUACUUGCACAGUGAAGAAAGCUCUGUAGAAUUCUUACAAGACAUUAUAAAAACAAAACCAAAAGUUAUUAAACACAUAUUGCAAAGAGAUGAUGAGAAUACAUUAGAAACAUUUCAGAGGAAAGUUUUGUUAUUCAUUGCCUCUCUUGAUACCGAUAUAAUACAGAAUUUUGUAUACAAAAGAUCUAUGGACAUAGGAGCAACUUGGGAUAAGAAAGAUUUACUUAAAUACACUUUGCCAAACAUGGAAGUAAAUAUUUAUUUUGAUAAAAUUCUAUCACGAUUGAUUUUACUAGCUCAACAUUCUGGGGACAGAAGAACGAAAAUAAUUGCCUGUGAAGCACUUCAUUCGGUAACAGCGUUUCUUCUAGGCAAAAUGUCGCAACAUUUCUCAUCUGAUCCUGAUAAAUUUGUUCCCACGUGUAUGACAUUAUGUCCAGCUCUAUUUAGCUUAGGCUGUGAUCACGAUGAAGCAGCGAGAAAAAUUUUUCAACCUUUAGUGCUGCAAUUAACCCAUUGGCUUAGUUCAGAAUUUAUGAUUAAAUCUUUGGCAACUACAAACUUUUUAGAUUCGCUUUUCGAAAGUUUGUGCGAUGAUUCCAAUUCAUCAGUUAGAGAAUUUUCUGGGAUGUGCUUGGCUGAAUUUACCAAGUGGUCCAUAAAGCAGACUAAUACCAAUGUGAAAAUACAGCAAAACAUUAGCGACGUCAUAUAUAAAAUGAUAAAUUUAGCGCUUCACCCAUCUACGUCUAAACGAGUAGCAGCUGCAACAGCUUUCAAUCACCUUUACACUAUCUUACGUGAAAAUGAAGAAAUCGUGUCCAUAUAUUGGUUGGAAAUUUUAUAUUCCUUUGUCAAAAGUUUGGAUGGUUGCAACAAUCUUUCGAUUAUCACUGCUCUCGAUCAUGUUGAGCGAGUUUUAAUAGCAAAACGCAAUUUAUUGAAUUUAAAGUACCACGUUCGUAAGAAGCCACCCGAAUUUGAGGGUUCAACUUUAACGCAUGCAAUACAUUGGUUGCUCAUUCAGUGUGGCUGCAUAGAUCAAUGUUGUAGAGCAAAAUGUAUGGAAUUGGUUCUUAAACUUUCUGAACAUAUAACAAACUGUGACUCAGCAGAAACAAUGAUAAAUAAUUAUAUCGACAUCUAUGGAAUCGAACAUUUCAACCAUAUACUAUUGAAGGAUUUAAAUAUAAAGCUGGAAAGCCUCUCUUGUAAUAACAUUCUACCCCUUCUAAGAAGUCUUGAUUGUUACAUUUGGUUAAUACGGAACAAUCUUAUAAAUGUACAAUUGUUAUUCGCAAGUUCAAAUUCGGAAAGAGAAGUAAUUUUCAAUUGUACAAAGAAUUUUAUUCAUCUUAUGAAUAAGAUUAAAAUAGAAACAAAAGAAGAUGAUUUUAUUAUGUUAUCAAAAGAACUUGAAGAUUUACAAACGUUACGUUGUAAAUUAAUAAUAACUAUGUUUGAUUGCUUACAAAUCCUUUUGAAUUUUGAUGAUAAUUUGAUACCAGCUUUUCUUUUUACCCAAGAUCUGUUUCAAUUAAUUUCAAAAUGCAUAAUGUGUCCACAAGUUAUAGGCUUUGAUAUGAAAAAUCUUGAAAUCACAGAAGCACUUCCAUUAGUCAUGGGAAAUUUGUUGCAAGCAAUAAUGAAGAAACCAGAUGACUCGUUAUUGUGUCGUGUUAAACAAGAACUAUCUGCACAUGUGGAGAAACAUAUAAACAGUUUCAUUGAUUUAGACAAAAUUUUGUUUGAUACAGAUACCUGUAGUAAACUGAAACAUUAUAUUCGGGGUUUAAACCUUCUAGAACAACAUAACAUUCUUCAUCAGCUACCCAACGCAACGCAAUUGAUUGAACAACCGGAGGAUAAAGUUACACGUAUUUUCAAAGCCUUGGCAAAAGAACAAAUAGGAGAACUUGUUUGUGUAAAUAUUAAACCAUUAGUGAAAGAUUACCUACAGAUCUUCAUGGAACUGUUACUUAUGCAUUAUAAGCCAUCAAUGACAAAAACACUAAUUGAAUUAAUUGAAACUAAUACAAUGCUUGAACAAGGCUUCACAAAAGUCGAGCACGGAAUCUACUUUUUAAAUAUAUUUGCAAAUGAAAUAUUUCAAUAUAUGUUAAAAGACACGGAAAAGACUAUGCAAGUAUUCGAUCACGUGUUGCGAAAAAAUCCGACCCUUUUGUUAACAAUAACAGAGCAAUUGUUCCUGUUUGUAAAACAACGUAAAAAAGAAUUGCAUAACUAUACAGAGAUUUUAGUAGACACCGCCAUCAAAAGAUUUACCAUGUUUGAAAGAGCUGUGAAUAAUCUGAAACCUAGGAAACAAAAAUUGAUAAGUAUUUAUGGAAUUGCUGUUCAUUUAAAGGAGAAACCAACGGAAGCGGUGUCUCUGAACAAUGAUUUCUAUACAUGGAUUCUCAGUCAACUGACGACAAAUUCCGAUCUAGAAUACAAAAUUCAGAUCCUCCAAAAUUUUCUCAUUUGCUUGACUGGCAUGACGUCUAAUACGGAAUUGUUUGUUAUUUUAAGCACUCUACAAAGCGGUAAAUCAGCGGUGUGCCCAAACGAUUUCUUACAGAAAAACGUGAAAGCUUUAAAAAUAAUUAAUUGUUUCCAAACUUUAUUAACGUUGUUGCCAGUGACCAAAUCAAUGGCAGUAUUCAAGUCUGUAAUCCUAUUCGCGGCUGGAAUUGCCGAACAUUUGUGCAAUGAAACCACGAACGAGUAUCUGCAAAAGUAUUGUAUUUCGAUUACUACCGAAUACGCUUCGGAAUCUAUAGAAGCAGCGUACAAAUUAUUUAUGAACUUGAAUGCAGAACUCAACGAGAGAUUCGAUAUAUUACGCACAUUUCUUUUACCGUUAUUUGAAUUUUGCAGAAUCACUGAAAUACGUCGAUUCUUCGAGAAAAAUAUUAGAGAAAUAUAUACCACUAUUGACCAAGGACUUAUUGGGAACAAUUCGGAUAUGAAACAACUUAUAGUAUCAAAAAUAGGGUGUUACGAACUGAUUGCGAAAUUAUUUGCAAAGAUACCUAUGAAUGAAAUAAAUGAUACUGAGAGUGUUAUUGUACGGAAUGCUAUCGACGAUGUAAAAACUGGAAAAGAAUUCGUACAGAGUUUAUACAGCAGCGUACUCAACGUGCGAAUGUUGAAAACCUCUGAAGCAGAACAUAAGGAAAUAAUGAGAUUGCUGCACUGCUCUGCGUAUAACUGUUCCAUAGCGAUUGUAGCUUUAAAAGAAGAUGAAAUAUCUUAUGUAAGCGUGACUUUAGAGAACAAGAAUAAGGGACAAUUUAUUUGGGAAAAUAUCGUGGAUUGUCAGAAGAAAUACAACCUUCAGCAGACGUUCAAGGAAUAUCCGAAGCAUCGUAAGAAGCUGAUUAAUAUAAGAAAAAGCAUGAAGCAGAAACAGAAUCCUGGACGAUACUCGUACAUUUAUAGUUACGACCUAUCAACUUGUACUUUAAAUGAAGAUAUAAACGCUUACGAUUUUAACGAAAUGGUCGUACAUAGUACGCCUAACUACACCAACAAAGAAGAAAGCAUGAGUCUAUUAUUUGAAAUUGACGAGUUAAAUAAUCACGAAUGUAUGGAAUCCAUUUGCGGAGUUUUAAGUCAUAUGAUAUCGGAAGAUAUAUCUACACCGCCUACUGAUGAUGAUAUCGUAAUACCUUUAUGGUUAAAAUAUUUUUGCAAUUCUAUGAUGUCGACAAAUUAUGACAAUGUCCGUUUAUUCAUGCUGAAAAUUGUCUUGAACAUGCAAACUGUAUUCAAGCCUUACAAAAAAAUAUUCCUUCAACCGAUAAUACACGCUACGUAUUCGUAUUUAAAAUUGAAUCAGUUAAAUUAUGUUAUUACUGAUGUUAUAGAGAUGCUGAUAGAAUGGCAAGUUGUAAAUUUUCCCGAUGAAACUAAUGGCAAAGCUAUGAUACAAAAGUUAUGGGAAAUGAUCAUUGGUAAAACUAUCCCGAAGGCCAAUGAGAUUUCCAAAACUGUUUAUAAAUAUAACAUGACCUUGAUAAAAACGAUGCUUGAAAUGUGGCAGACUUGUUUGAAACUGCCUAUGAAUUUGAAUGAUAGAAUGAGGACUGCGCCCGAAGGCGCAGUAUAUUUAAUAUUAAUUUGUAUUGUUAAUGGAAUGAUAAAAGACAUUGUUCAAAGGAAUGAUAUUAUAGGCUUUUUGGAGAAGUCUUUAGAACGAUGGCAGGAUAACGAAGAAACAGUUUUGCAGUGUUGUGAAUGUUUCAGUUUCAUCAUGAAGUUCAUGGAUGAUGAAAAUGAUCAAACAAGUAGAAGGAGCGGCAUAAUAGAAAAAAUUCAAAGUAUAUUAAGGCAAAUGCAAACGACAUUUAAAAACAGGCUGAUUAAGUGUAUUCUUGCACUUUGCAAAAGUUACCCGAAUGCCGGUAUUAUUUAUUUUGAUUUUAUUACUGCAAAUAUAUUCAGAGUGGAUUCAUUGGGAAAAUUAGAUUGUCUAGAAAUAUUCCUGCUGUGUAUACCUAAACUCAAUGCCGAUAAAAUAUUACAAGAAUUGGAUUACAUAAAAUUUCCUGAUCUACUAAAAAAUAAAAUUUUGUCUUGCGAAAAAAUUGCAUUACAGAUAAUCGAUUCUUUAGUUCUUAUUCUUCCUCCAUCAAAUCUCUCACCUCUGGCAAAUUUAGCCAUUCCUUAUGCGAAACACGAAUCUUCUGAGUAUAGAGAAUGCACUUACAAUAUAUUCAUGAAUAUUUAUAAGAAAUAUGCAGUUGAUACAUCCGAAGAUAAAGAUAUAAGAGAGCUGAUGCACAGCAGCAAAAAAAUAUUGCUUAAUGGUGUACUGGAUCUUGCUGAUCAGUUGACAGAGAAGGUAGUGACUUUCUGGACCCAAGAUGCACAAUUAACGCGUGCUUGUACAGAAAGAUUACUAGAAACUCUAAAUAUGUACACACCUGAUGCUGGCAAUACCUUUUUACCAUUUGUGCUUUUAAUGAUCUUUGACCUUACCAAAAAGUCAAAAAGGUAUACACAUAAGAUGUUUGAACCUUUACACAAUUGCAAUUAUAGAGAUUAUAACAUAUCUCUCUCAUGGAGAACCAAAAAUUUGGGAUCAAAGGCUCCACUUUUUGCUCCAUCUUUAGCUAGUCAAAUGAAUCAAACAUUGACUCAAGCGAGUGUUACAUUACCAAGUACAUCCUUUAAUUAUAUGAACAUGCGACAGUCUUUUAAUUCUACUGCUGAAUUCCAGCUUCGAGCGACACAAGAUCUCGAAUUCGAAGCAACUUACAUUAAUCAAGAGCCUCUAUUAACGUUAAAUGAUUUAGAACAUGACGAUACUUUUAAAAUACCAAAGGUGCCUCAACCUGCUUACAAUAAAAAGUCGAAACGAUUGCUGAGCAGUUCAACUGAAAUAUCUGCAGCUAUACGACAAAAGGAAAUAAAAAAGAAGAUACAACGGAAUGAAAUGAUAAAGGAAGAAGUAGCUCGUCAAAGAAGUAGUGUAAAACUGUACAGAAAAUAUAGAGUAGGAGAUUUUCCAGAUAUUGAAAUCUCCCAUUCUAUGUUAAUUGAACCACUGCAGCAAUUAGCAAAGAAAGAUCAACUGAUUUGUAAAGAUUUAAUAGUUUCCAUUGUUUGUUCAUUACUCGAAGAGUACGACCAGCAUGAUUUUGUAAAGAAAGUUACAGAUAGUUUGAAACAUAUUAUAGAGAAUCAACAUGGAAAUAAUUCUGCUAUGGGUGCAAUUUUAGAAAUAUUAUUGACCACUCGUAUAACAGAUUGUCCACCAGAAGUUAUUUCAAAGGUUUCAAGAUUGAAUAAUUUGAACUUCCUUGGAUCAUUUGUUGUAGAAGAAAAUUUAAUUCAUGGCACAAAUGAUACUGAACCGCCUAGAAAGAAAGCACGAAACGAGAAUAUUUCUGACUCGCGCAAUGAGUGGUUACAGUUAACGAAUCUUUAUAAGUCCAUGAAUGACGUCGAUGUAAUCCUCAGCAUUUUCAGAAAUCAUAUCGAAGACGAAGAUAUACGGGAGGCAUCACUAGCACAAGCAGAUAAUAAUUGGGUUAAAGCAAAAGCAGCAUACGAGAAGGCAUAUGAAACCGAUGUGGAACUGGUCAAAGAACAUUGUCUUCAAGGUUUAUUCGAAAGUUUGAGCAACUUAUGUUACUGGAGCGAAGUUGACGAGCAUAUACAGGAGAAACUAAAUAGGAACUUAAACAACAUUUGGGAGGAUCCAUGGAAAGACUGGAUGUUCUCAUGGUUGUUUGAAGCACAUGUGCGCAGAUUUUUAAAUGGAGACUUCAACGAUGCGUUUCGAGACAAUGUAAAGGUCUUCGAGACUUGGUUGAAUGAUGAAGUAAAAGUGAAGUACAUCAAACGAUUCUUUGGAGAAGAAUUAUCUAUAUUUUUCCUACCCGAUAAACUGGAAGCUGCUCGUGAUUUUUUGGUAAACACGUUGGACCAAAUGAGAGAACAAUGGAUUAGAAUUCAUCCUCUUUCCACUCAGUUAAGGACACAUGGUCUGCAAAAGUUACGAAUAAUCAACGAGAUAUAUAAGUUUAUAGAGAUUUUAAAAACAGCGGAAAACCCGUCCGACUUGAAAGAAGUAUUAAAGUUUUGGAAUAAUAAUGUACCCUCGGUGCAAGACUCUAUUCUCAUAUGGGAUAAAUUAACAUCUUACAGAAUACACUUUAUCGAUUAUCCGCUGAAUAAUAAAUUAGAACAAUGGAAUUUGAAUGAAACGCAAAACGAAUCAGAAAGCUUAACCGCAGGUAAUGGGACUGAGAUCAUUCAUCAAAUGCGCAUGGUCACCUUUAACAUGCGAUUAAAAAUAAUCGAGGCAGCAUUGAAUCAGAAAAAUAAACAUAUAGCGCAGAAGUACGUUUGCCAAAUGGAGCAAAAUUUAGGGAGUUAUUCGGUGCAUAUGAAACAUCAGUUUCUUUUAACUGUUGCAAAGUUGAAGUAUUUGAAUGGGGAGACUGCGUCGAACGUGAAGAAGAAGAUGUCGAAUUAUACCUUCUCUUGGAAGCAAUGUCAUGAUCUUCUAGAGCAGACUGGUCUUGAUCCCACAACGAACGUUGACGUUCGAUGGAAAAUCAGUAAAGUAGCUUCAAAAAUUGCGGAUUUGAGCGAAGAAAACGAGACAUUUUCUGAAUUAUUAACAAGGAAUACUACGAUUUUGAGCGCGAUAAACGCAGAGAAUAAUGAUUUAACUGCUAUCAGAGAUACGUUGAAAAAUUACGGUUUCAAUCACUUGAAAAAAUGUUGCGAAACAACGACCACGAACAUCAAAAAGUGCUACUUUAUGCUCUCAAAGUACUGUUAUGACAGAUUAUCGCGCGGAAAUGGUAGUAAUACUCAAUUAAGCAAGGAGUUUGUGAAGUCUACGUUAAAGGCAAUGAUCUAUGGAUCUCUCGAAGCAGUACACUAUUUUCCUUGCUUACUAAAACCGGAAUAUUUUGAGGAUGAAGAGACGAGAAACAUUUUCCUAAAUGAGAGCGUAGGGGUUCAAACUUGGCUGUUUUUAUCAUGGCAGGCGCAACUGUUCUCGCAUCUAGGGACGUCUAUCGCCCCGUUAAUCAUACCCAUCCUCAAACGAAUCGUUGAAACUUAUCCAAACGCGGUCAUUUACACGUUACGCUUGACGGUGGAAAUGAACCCAACACUUCUUAACGACGCUAGAACCUAUGAAAUUCGACAAAUUCUCUACAACAGACCCGAAAUAGAGCGAUUUUUAAUGGCGAUGGAAUACGUAGUUAAACCAGAAUUGUACUUACGAUAUUACCUGCUUGAAUUCUUAAAGAACUUGUCGCAAGGAACGUGCACGGCUGUGGAUAUGCUUCUAAAGAAGGUAUAUCCAAGUUCACGGGAGAACAAGAAUAAUCCACUACCAGGAUCAAUCUUCAGUAAGAUUGCAGUUUAUAAAAGUAAAAUAAAAGAAUUGGAGAACAAAACGCCUUCUAACAUUAAGCAAAUAGUAAAGAAAAUGAUUGAGACAAUUAAGGAUGCAGAUACGUCUAAAGGCAAAGUGACGUUACAGAACUAUAGCCCAUGGUUACAGCAAUUUUGUGAAAGAGACAUAGAAAUACCUGGACAGUAUGUUGGCGACAGGAAACCUAUGCCGCAGUACCAUACAAAAAUUAUCAAGUUUGAGCCUAACAUAAAAGUAAUGCCAUCAUUGCGCAAACCUAUUCGAAUUACCAUGGUGGGUAACGAUGCAAAGGAAUAUCACUUCCUGGUUAAAUUUGGAGAGGAUUUAAGGCAAGAUCAAAGAUUGCAACAGUUGUUCACAAUUAUGAACAAAACAUUGCACAUCGAUACUGCUUGCAAACAAAGACAGUUAUUUAUUGAUACUUACCAGGUAAUUCCAUUGUCUAAAACAGUGGGUCUUAUACAGUGGAUAGAGAACACAAGAUCUUUGGAGGAAUUAAUACAUUUCACAUUAUCCAAAGAAGAGAGAGCUCAAUAUAAUUCUAUAUAUAGUCAAUUUAAAGAGUGGAUACGAGUGGCUGCACCAUUCAAAAAUGAACACGAGAGGUAUAAAAUAGCUACAAUCAAGUAUAGCGCCUCAAAAGUGAUUGCUAAGAUGACCGAGUUUAUCAGUAAAACUCAAUGGGACGGUUUACGUAGAACGCUCAUGGUACUGUGCCCAUCCAUAGAAAGCUUCGUUACAAUGAGACGAAAUUUUAUUACUAGUUAUUCCACUAUGUGUAUCGCGCAUUGGAUUUUGGGUAUCGGUGAUCGACAUCUUGGGAACACUGUUAUCAUUAUCGAUUCAGGACGUUGUUUGGGUAUUGAUUUUGGACUAGCCUUUGGAGCUGGUAUCGAUCAAAAGAUUCCCGAGUUAAUACCGUUUCGUCUAACGUCACAAAUUCUUGGUUUGCUGAAGCCCUUUAAUGAAAAGGAUCUUUUGGGAGCAGUAAUGACUCACACGCUACGAGCAUUAAGGAACGAACCGGGUCCUAUUCUGUCUUGCAUGGACGUUUUUGUUCAUGAACCGUUAAACUGGACGGAACACGUUAACAAGGAGUUAAAAGACAAAGAUAUCGAUAUCGAUAUCGAAGAUGUAAAAUGGGUACCCAGACAAAAGAUCAAAGUGGUUAUGAAAAAAUUUGACGGAGUCAAACCAUCUUUAAUUACUUUGGAACAAUUAAAAGAGCAACACAACGAUGAAUAUUUCUAUAGGUAUUAUUCUAUAGUUACCGGGGAUGACGACAUUAAACGAACUCGAGCAAGAAUAGGAAAUAGCAAUUUAACUCCCGAGCAACAGGUUGAAUGCUUACUGGACGAAGCAACCGACUUAAACAUUAUAGGUCGGUCAUACGAAGGAUGGAAACCAUGGCUUUAAAAUUUUUAUUAAUAGUUGCCUUCAAAUUUAUGAAGAGAACAGUAAUAUAUUUUGUAUAUAAAUCUAUUUUUUAUAUUUUUUUUUAAAUAAACGUUUCCAUACGAAUAUGUACAUACUGCUUGUAUUGCAUUAAUAUAUCUGUCACUAUGAAUGUCACUCCGAUAACGCGUUCCGUCGUUUAAUAAAAGCAAACUAUGAAACGUGAAUU